AUGCCGCCACACGCUGCAGCGUGGAGCAAGCCGUGGGCCGCAAAGCAAGAUACCCAACCCAUUACCGGGUUCCCUGACCUUGGCGCCGCGCAGCAGGUAUGCAAUACACGACGAUCGCGCAAUGCCGUGCGCACCGCUGCCGCAAGCGCGCCGGAAUCCGACACGCACGCCGCUGCCGAUCUGUAUCCCCGCCGUAUCGAUCUUCUUAAUCACCGUGCGAGCGACUGGACCAAGAGUGGGCGGAUGGCGCAUGCGACCGUAUACUCAGAUAUUGCACAAAACGACACGCUGCAUUCGCCAGCGUCCACGCUGGACGAAGACGAGCCGCGGUGCAGCAUGGCCAGCAUCGUUGUGCGCGACAAGACCCAAAAGAACUCGGCGCUCGGCGCGUGGGCGUCCAUGUUUCAGGUGCGUGCCGAUCCCGUCGCUGCUAUCUCGCUCAGUACACGCCAUCCCAUGUUAUUAGCGCCUGGCCACACACUCGACCAAGGCGCAACGAGCACGGAAACAGUCCAUGAUCCUGGUGAAAUGCAGGAGACGGCCCUCUUGUGCGGCGGUGCACAUGCGCUGCACGCCUACUACACACAAAGUGUGCGCGCCUUGCACGCAGAUACGCACGCUGGACACGCUGAUCCCGUCGCAAGCUUUGCGCCGCUCGUGGAGUUUGUCGCGCGGUGCAUGCACGCUCCGAUGCUCUUCGCGCGUGCAUUCGACAGUGAUGCGCUUCAUAUCCUGCAUACGCUGCUGGAUAGCAGCGAUGCAUACCCAAUGCCGGAUGCCGUGCGCAGAGCGCUAAUGGCACGCGCCCAGGAGGGCCUCUAUACGCUCGCAGCGACGGCCAAAGCGGCGUCUGGCGCAGUAUUUGCCUCGCGCUUCACGCCUCACCGUGCGAGCAGCGCCCAGUGCGUGUGGCUGGCCAUGUCCCUUGGUUCUGUGCUGACGCAUGCACACGUAGUUGCGCUGGCCGAUGCGCUUACUCCCAGCGCGCCGCCCGUCGCGCUGCUCGGCGCGGUAGCAUCGCAGCUGAGCUCGACCGUGAGCUGGUGUCUCGGCACGGUUACUUCGCUCGCGCCGCCGCAACGUCGCGCUGCGUACGAAUCGGAUGCGCGUCUGGCGCCGCUGCUUGCCGCGCUUACCUACGCGUGGCAUUCGAAUCUAGCGCUGCCGCGCGCGCAGCAGCAGCCCGUCCCGACAUUCUACGCGACAGCCACCGAGCUCGUCAAUGUGCUGGACGAGUAUGCACAAUGGGUCCAUGGCGCCCCUGCACUCCUGUGCGAAGUGCCCUAUGUAUUGACCCUCGGCGCCAAAGCGCAAAUCUUUACGUGGGAAGCACAAGCCGCGAUGCGCCAAGCGUCGCAUCACGCGUGGAUGCACGACCUGCAAAAGCCACUAGCGCUUAGCGGCAAGGCGCGCAUGGUACAGGACGCGAUGGCCGAGGCACGCUCAGGUACCACUAGCGGCACUGCACAAGCAGCGCACGGCAUGGAGCGCGACGGCACCUUUUCCAUUACCGUGCGCCGCGACCAUAUCGUGGAAGAUUCGCGCGAUGCGCUCUGUGGACGCGACACAUGCAUGCUCCAUCGUCCUUUGAAAAUCACUUUUUUCGGCGAAGGCGCACAGGAUGCGGGCGGCCUUACGAAGGAAUGGCUUCUCCUUUUGUGCGAGGCGCUCACGCAGAGCCUCUUUACAGAGCUGGACGAUGCAGCGAUGCGCGGCGUGCUGUGGUAUGCAGAAACACUACCGCUUUCCACAGCACAGGCGGAAAAGCGGCGUGCCACGGCCCCUGACGCGCUCGAGGAUAUGCAUCUGCUCGGUGCUGCGCUUGGUCUCGCCCUCUUUCACCAAAUCGCACUCCCGCUGCGUUUUUCGCGCGUUUUGUACGAGCAGCUGCUGCGGCUUGCAAACGGCGAUACGCCAUUGCCGUGCGACUUGGACACGCUCGCUGCGCUGAAACCACAGCUGGCUGCGGGGCUGGCCGCAGUGCUGGCGCACGACGCUUCGACGGUCGAAGAAGCCAUGCAGCUUAUGUGGACCGUCGAGCGCAACGGCACUACGCAUGCACUGUGUCCAGAUGGCGACGCACGCCGUGUUGACGCUGAGAAUCGCGCCGCGUAUGUUGCGCGUUUUUGCGAAUGGGAGCUGUGCGACGCUGUAUGUGCGCCGAGAAAAGCGCUUUUGUCGGGGUUUGCGAGGGUGGCGAUCCCACAAGGCAUGCAGCGCUCACCCCUGAUGCUGCUCCAGCCUGUGGAGCUCGAGACACUCUUGUGUGGGCGCGACGAAGAUGCACUGGAUAUAGGUGCACUGCGCGCCAGCACCGCGCACGUUGGCUUCCCCGACGCCAAGGCGCACCAUGCGCCAGCGGUGUAUGCCAACUUGGAUCAUUUCUGGGAUACAUGGCAGCGUCUUGCGCCUGCGGAGCAGCAUGCAUUGCUCGGGUACAUUACCGGCAGUCCGCGCGUGCCUGCCAUGGGCGCUGCCGCGAUUCACCUGCGUAUACAGCACGUCGACGAUCCAUACACCGCGCUGGGUGCCGAGCGGAUGCAGCGCAUUCCGUGGAGCAGUACGUGCACGUCGACCCUAUUCCUCCCCGUCUAUGCCUCGCCUGCGACGCUGGAGGAGAAAGUGCGCAUUGCGCUUGCCCAUAGUAUAGGAUUUGGGCUAGCCUAG